AUGGGCAGAGACGGUAAAUAUAAUGGCUCCCCGCCUGCGACACUAUUUGAUAGAUGCCUGAAGGACGGCAUGUACCCACGGGCAUGGCGAACAGCGAGACUGGUCCUGCUACGAAAGGAGGGUCGUCCGCUAGAUUCGCCGUCCGCAUACAGGCCGAUAUGCCUGCUGGACGAGGUGGGCAAGCUCCUGGAAAGGAUAAUUGCAGCGCGUCUAGAGGCUCAUAUGGAGCGACGAGAGCCUGGGUGGCACGACAGCCAGUACGGGUUCCGCCGAGGACGCUCGACAGUGGACGCGGUGAGACGGGUAUGCUCUAAGGUGGAGGAUAUGGUCUCCCAGGAAGGAGUGGCGAUAGCGGUCUCACUAGACAUAACUAACGCCUUCAACUCCAUCCCAUGGGCAAGAAUCUUAGAAGCCCUGAACUACUACGAGAUACCGGAGUACCUCGUAAGGGUUAUUAGGGCAUACCUCUGCGACAGGUGGAUCAUAUACAACACCAAGGAUGGGGAAACGAGGAAAACGGUCGAGUGCGGUGUACCGCAGGGGAGACUCGGACUGAGCGUGUCACCAACCAAAUCGGAAGCCCUGGGGUUCUUCGACCGGCGACGAAGAGAACCACCACCAACCGGACUGUCCAUCAAUAUCAACGGAGAGGAAGUGCCGGUGGGACACCAGAUGAGGUACCUGGGUCUCAUCAUCGACAGCCAGUGGACCUUCGAGCCGCACAUUGAACAACUGGUCCCAAGGGUGACUGCCGCGGCCAACGCCCUAUGCGGCCUACUGCCGAACGUGGGUGGAGCGGGAGUGGGCGUUCGCCGACUGUACGAGGGAGUCGUAAAAUCCCGAGUACUCUACGGAGCCCCAGUGUGGGCCGAAGACAUGAUGGAGAGCCGGCGCAGCCGGCUACUACUAAGGAGGCUACAAAGGACGACCGCCAUCCGCACAGCAAGAAGCUACAGGACGGUGUCAUACGCGACGGCGACCGUGCUGGCCGCGUCCCCCCCUUCGAGCUGCAAGCCCUCGCACUUCGAAGGGUAUACGACAAAAGGAAGAUCUCACGCCUGGACGGGCGCGCAACGACGCCACCACCCGACAACAGACCACCGUCGAGUGCACGGGAAGAAGCCAAACGGGAGACAUGGGAGCGAUGGCGCUCUCAACUGGUCGAGGAAGACACUACACGGCAACACCGGGCUGUUCGCGCCGUGCUCCCCAACUGGGAAACACGGAGAGAACAAGGCGGGGUACCGCUGA